AUGGCGUUCAAGAAGAAGGGCGGCGGCAAGAAGGCGGCCGCGGGCGGUGGUGCCAAGAAGCAGAAGCACGGCUUCGUGCGCGCCAGCAGCUCGCGCGGCGCCAACCCGUUCGACGUGCGCGGCAACGCCAGCAAGCAGAAGCACGAGGUGCUGGGCCGGCGCGUCAAGGGCGCGGGCCGCAACGUGGCGGCCGCGCGCGCCGAGGCCGAGCGCAAGCGCCGCAAGACGCUGGGCGCCGAGUUCAAGGCGCGCAACAAGAGCAACGUGUUCAAGGACCGGCGGCUCGGCGAGCAGGACCCGACGCUGUCCAUGGAGGACAAGAUGAUGGCGCGCUUCCAAACGGAGCGCAAGCGCAAGCUGCGCAACGCCGCGGCCUUCGCGCUGCACGACUCGGACUCGGAGCAGGAGGGCGACGACGACGCGCUGUUCCUGACGCACAAAGGCGCCAAGAUCACGGACGACGACUACGACCGCCUGAACGCGGACGGACCGCUGGACGAGGAGGACGACUCGGAGGAGAGCAGGAAGAUGGACAGGGACAUCGUCAACAAGCUGCACUUCGGCGGCGGCAAGGGCGACGCCGACGCCUCCGCGCCGGAGGCAGAGGACGGCAAGAGGAAGACCCACAAGGAGGUCAUGCAGGAGGUCAUGAUGAAGGCCAAGAUGUUCAAGGCCGAGCGCCAGAAGAACAAGACGGCGCAGGAGGACGAGACGGACAAGCUCGACGAGGGCUUCGCCGACCUGCGCGGACUGCUCGAGUUCCGGCCCACGCGCGCCAACGGCAAGGAGCUGCUGCCGAAGGAGCCGAUGGACGACUUCGACAAGCUGACGAGGGAGUUCGCCUUCGAAGCCAAGGCCAAGGCCACGGAGCGCAGGAUGUCGCCCGAGGAGGCUGCGGCCAAGGAGCGCGACCGUCUUGCGGCCCUGGAGAAGAAGCGUGUGGCGCGUAUGCACGGCGCUGACGACGAUGACAGCGACAGUGAGGACGAGGGCAAGCGCAAGGGCAAGAAGGGCAAGAAGGGGAAGAAGGACAAGGGACCCAAGCUUAUCAUCAUGCCGCCAACGGAUGACGACCUGACGGACGGCUAUGCUGUGGACUCGCGCUUCAAUGCUGACGCGGAGGAGGAAGAGGCCGACGUGGAUGCUGAGGAGGGUGACGAGGAUGAGGAGGAACAGGAGGAGAGCGAGGAGGAGGACUCGGAGGCCGACUCGGAAGCGGAUUCGGACGACGAAGACGAGGUUGAGGAGAAGAAGGACAAGGAAGAGAAGGAAGACGAAGAGGAGGAGGACGAAGAAGAGAGCGACGAGGAGACUGAGAAGCAGAAGCGGAAGCAGGAUGCUGAGGAUGCUGCCGCCGAGCUGCCCUUCGUGUUCGAGUGCCCGGAGUCCCCUGAGGAGCUCGCGGCGCUCUUCAAGGAGCACGCGCGCAACUCGCCCGAGAAGCGCGGACUCAUCUUGGACCGCAUUGUCACGUACUACAACCCGCGCCUGAGCGUUGAGAACAAGAACAAGAUGAAGCGCUUCUUCGCGGUGAUGGUGCGCCAGUUCCUUAUCUUCGCGGCGCGCUACGCAGCACACAAGGAAGACCUCGACUCGCUGGCGAGGAACAUGUACACGCUGGCGCAGCAGAUGGGUGACACUGCCGGUGUCGUGGUGCGUGAGCUGCUUGCUCAGCUCUUCAAGCGGUUGCGCAAGCGCGCUUCGACCUCGGCGUGGCCGUCGCUACCGGAGCUGCUUCUUUUUAAGGUGCUUACGUCCAUCUUCCCGACCUCCGACUUGCGGCACAACGUGGUGUCUCCCAUGGAGACGCUUCUGGGCGAGAGUCUGGCUCGCGGUGCUGUGAGCUCCCCGCAGGAGGCCACUCAGGCGCUGUUCGCUGCCUCGCUGUCACUGGACAUGACGCGGUCGAAGGAGCGCUUUAUGCCGGAGGUCGUGACCUUCCUCACUCGCAUCCUCCGCGCGUUCGUGACGUCGGGUGCUAGUGAGACGAAGGAAGCCGACGACGAAGACGACAGCGAGUCCUCGGUCCACUGGCUGCGUCGUGAUUUGCUCGAAUGGGUGGCUGCACACUCUGAGGAGAAGAAGAUGCCCGCUCUGCCGCGUCUGUCGCUGGCUGGCAGCUCGUCUUGCAGCGGCGCUCAAGUGUUGAGCUCGCUGCUGGCUCUGCUGGACGCCACGUCGGCGCAGUACGCGUCGCUGCCGUCGUUCGAUGAGCUGUUCUACCCUCAGUACCUGCUGCUGCACGCGCUGGUGACUCAGCUGGAGGACAUCAAGAUCUCGGAGGUGAACGCCGUCAUCUCCAAGCUGCACAAGCGUCUCGACUCGUGCUGGAACGCGCGUCGUCCGCUACGUCUGCAGAGCUUCGCGCCGACGACGCUGCCAACGUUCGCGCCGCUCUUCGACGAGAACUACACGGUCCGCAAGGACAAGACGGCGCCCAAGGACACUGCGCAGCUCAAGCAGCUGCAGCGCCAAGUCAAGCGCGCGCGCAAGGGCGCGGCCCGCGAGCUGCGUCGCGACGCCGAGUUCAUCCACCGCGAGAAGCAGAAGGAGGAGGAGGCGCGCCUCGCGGCCAAGGAGGAGAAGCAGAAGGAGAUCCGCCGCUGGCUCGAGGAGCAGAACGCCACGUUCAACCAGCAAGUGCGCAAGGGCGGCAACAUGCUCAAGGGCGGAGGCUCCGCGCGCGGGCCGGCGCCGCGGGCGCGCACGCCCCGGAAGUAGGCUCGCUUUACCACGCUCUACCAGCUAUUGCAUUAGUUUUCCGCUACUACCCCACUCCAAUAGAAGUUGCCUUUUGUCAUU